AUGGAAAAAGAAGAAGCAAAAAUGGAGCCUUCCAACAACACCGAAACCGAAGAGGAAACCGUGGCGCUCAAGAAGAAGAGAGCACGCCGUGUCAGCUUCGCCGACAAAGAGAUCACCUCCGUCCACAUCUUCCGCCGCGACGACUCCUCUACCACCUCCUCCGACACCGCUCCCGAUCCCGUCCUAGGGUUUUUCCGCGACCUCGCCGACGAAAGCGACAACGACGACGACCGGAACAACUCCUUCCUUCAACCUCUCAGCUCCCCUUCUCCCGGCGGCAGCGGCAGCACCACCGCCGCCGCCGAUGACAGCGAUGAGGAUGACUUUCGCGGUCCGGUUUCGGCCAAUUUCAUCCGUCCGGAACGCUUAUCGGACUCCGGCGCCUCGGAUGAUGUCACCAUGGACUCAACCGCCUUCUCGAUACAUUACCGGAGCCUAGCCCGGUCGGAAUCCGGGGAUCUCAAGACGCCGACGAGGUUUGGCUUAUUGCCAACAACGCCGGCGCCUGGCCGGAGUGGAAGCCCUUCCGGUGGGAGUUUGAUGGACCUCACCAAUCCGGAGAAGACGCAGUCUCUAGUGUCUGCCACUGAGAGUGGUGGUGGAGACUCAAAUGACAUGAGCCUUGUGGAGGAACAUCCGAAAAGCUACAAUUUCGGCAGACUUUCGCCUCGUUUGCUUGCCAUUUUGGGAGAAGGAAGCAAGGAUUUUGCUGCCUCACCAUUUCUUUACAAGGCCACGGGUUCGCCGAAAGGGAAUGAUAUGUCAGUGGAUAAGGAGCUUGAUGCUCCCGCCGCCGCGGAAUUGAAUAUUUCAGUUACCUCUUCAGCCCAUCAUGAUAAUGCAGCUGCCCCUGCUUCAGAGUCUCCAGCCAAGGAAAUUAAGGAGUUUGAUACAGACACAACUGCGCCAGUUCGUAAGCAAUUAGACUUUGCUAAGGCUAAUAGAGGAACUCCUAAGAAGAUGGAUGAAGGAAAUCAGUUAAAUUUCUCUGCUCAGUAUGAACUUGGUUAUAAUGUAGGCCAGAAAAAUGAAGGUAAUCCUACAGACCAAGGGCAAGUGUCUGACUCUAAUCAAAAGUCCAAUCAAGUAAAUGGAAAUUCAAUUCAUAGGUUUACGCCAUUGUCAUAUUCUGCGAAAACACAGUUAUUUAUGGGUUCUCCUGAUUCCUCCAGAUAUACUGGGCAUAGAACUCCUCCUUCAAAGCAAUAUCGUUCAUUUGUGCCUGAUGUUUAUGUUACACAAGGUGCAGCUUUGUCAUCUAUACGUAAAAGUAUUUCUAAGUUGAACACUCUUGAGACUACACCCAACACAUCAACUCUCAAGGAAGGGAUUGACAAAUUGAAAUAUAGGUUAUCAAAGUACUCUCCCGGGACUUCUCUUUUUAGUGAAAAAGAUUGUGAAUACAAGCAAGUUGAAACCCUCACUGCUCCUUUUGAGAAACAGCCAUUUAGUUUCACUCCGGAGAAGAACAUUCAUCAAGGUUUGAUCACCAAUGAAAACCAUGGAAAUAGUUCUUUUAAAAAUAUUAGCAAGUCAAGUCCUAAUCAAGAGACUGUGACCAGCAAAAAGGAUGGGGAAAACUUUAAUUUGAUUGCUGCUGAUGUUUCUUACAACGAUGAAAAUAUUAAGCCUGUUGAAAUGGCAUCUUCUCCCUUGCGGAAGACUCGUUUAACAGAAGUUGUAGGUUUGGACCUGGAAGAUAGUACAGUUGAGAAAAGGAAGGAUGAAAUUCCAAUUGUAACACAUGACAAACCUUUUUCUUCCCCUGUGAAACCAUUUGUCCAGAAUCCAUCACCAUCCUUAGAACGUCAAAAUAUUUGCCAUGGCGAGUCGAAGCAGCUGGAUAAGCAGAAUGAAUCUGUUAAUAGUGGUUCAUUGCAAGCCAUUGAAUACAACGUGCAGACAGUGGCUAACAAAUUGGACUUGUCUGAUUUUAGAAACCGUGAACAGACUAACUCACCUUUUGAGAAAGUCAAUGAAUUUACUAAGAUUGCAUCGAAGAGCAAACCGGUCGAGAGUCCUGAUAGAAUUAUAGUUCCGAGCACAACUAUCCAAGAAGCAACAGCUCAGUCGCCCUUUCUGGCCCUGCAAGAGGCUCCUGGUGAGUUGAUCCAAAGUAAUAUCCAAGACUUGUCUCACAAGGGCAACUCAGAUGGUCUUGGAUGUGAUCUUGAUAACAACUACCAUGUGGUACUCCAAGUAGAUCAAAGCCCUCUUCCAAAAUCUGGUAUUGAGGUUUCCUCUGGGAAGAAAAGAAAAGGUUCCAAGAUACUCAGCGAUGGAGAAAAUAUCGAUAAAAUUGGGAGGAUUGACGGAAGUUCAGAGGUUCAUGAAAGUUGGAAUGGUAAUGAACUGUUAGUUUCAGAACAAAUGAGUCCUAUGAGAAGUGAAAGAGAAAAGCUUGGGGAUCAGAUGCAGAAUGAUCAGCAUACUCUAAAGAAAUUCUCAGUGAGCACAAAACAGCUGCUUUCUCCGUCAGUUGAUAAGCUAAAUUUGAGAUUGAUUAGCAAGCUGGAAGAUAUAUUGGUUCAUCUGCAGAAAGCUAAGAAAUGGGAUAUUCUUUGUUCUGAAAUUCAAUCUCAGAAAUCAACAGAUCCUCUAAAUAUUCCUGGACAGAGAAGAAUUGUAGAAACGAGAAUGUUACUGAUCAAUAUAGCUUAUGAGAAAGCAAAGCUACAACUAAUGCAUAUGAAGCGUGAGAGAUUAACGAAAAAAUUACAACAGUUGAGUUCUGGGCUUCAGGAGGCUCAAAUGAUGAAAAAUGUCAUCCCUUGUUCAACUAAGAUUGGGUCAAUUAACAUUCGUGCUGAUGAUAGUCAUACCCAAGUUUCUAGCGAAAUGGAAAAGAGGCUGGAGCUUGAAAGUUUGGAUUGGAAAGCAAAAUCAUUAAUUGAAUUCUUCUAUAAUAACUGCAAGAUGGAAGGGGAUCGAACCUGCUCUGACACUAUAAAAUCUGUUCAUGAUUAUUUGCUGAAGAGAAUGUCUUACAAGUGUAUAUUCCAGAAUUUGAAGUUGUGGAAUAUUGAAGAUUUUGAGCGUAAGGAUGGUUGUUUCAAAAUUCUUCUCAACUAUUGUGAUUAUAUCACCCAAAGGUUCACAGUAAAUAGUAGUUUAUCAAGCAUAAUGAUAUCGAGUAACUUGAAUAAUGUGAAUAUCAGGAAGACCUUUCCAAAUAUGGAUGCUUUUUCUGCAUUUCUGUUUGUCUUGAAUCCUCAUACCAAUAAGAAAUGCCCUGGUCAAAUCAGUUUGGCACAAGAAACACAGAUAACAAGUUCACUUAUAAGUAAUUUGCUAUAUGUGGCUGAGGAGGUUCAAUUAGCUCAGAUAGAGAUUAGAAACUUGGUCCAUGCCAAGUUCUAUUCUCGCUCAGUUCAUCAGCUUGAUUUGCAGCUAUUAUUCAUUGACUUUUGUAGUGGGAAGAAGGUGCAAGUGACUCUUGAUAUGACAUGCUUAAAAUGUGGGGCUUAUCCUGUGGAGGUCCUUCCAUGUCAAAUACAUGAUCCCUCUGCUAGCGGGGAACAAAAGCCUCUUCCUGCAUCGCUUGUAGAUAAAAUAACAACUGCAGCUGUGAAUGAGAGAGUUGGGUUUUCAAGAAUUAUUAGGCUUUGUAAGUGUAUUUCCAAGGCAGUCCAGGAUAGCACUCAAAGCGGAUGAUUGACAAUUUUUGCUUGUCUACUCACUUUCAAUCGUUAAUUUUGGGUGAAUUGUCCUUAGAGCUCAGCUCUAUCUUUGUAUAUUUUCACUUCAUUGUGUUGCUACAAAUGGACGAGUAAUUGUAGUUCUCAUGCAGCAUAAAAAAACACUAAAACUUCCAGUGUAUAGUGCUGCCAUAAGCUUCAAUCCUUUGCAUGAAAUCAGUUUCUUGAGAUUUGUGAAAUUUUCAAUUUCAAAAAAUAAGAACCAGUGCUGACUUAGAUUAGCUCCUUGUAGGGUGUAGCACGUCCAUAAUAAAUGUUGCUUAACUGCAAAGCAGUGUGGAUGCCAGAAUUAUCUUACAGUUUCACUGUUUUACGGAGUUCUUAUGUUCAAUUAAAUUUGUUUCGUGAUUGGAAUUGUAA